GGCCUGUUUUCUGACUGCAGCCUGCGAGUCCUUCCUGUAGCCCGGUUGAGGAAGUGAAUUUCGCUGACAGGGCUGGGUUCAGUGAGGGAGAGGCGAACAAAACAUCUUCGGAGGGGGACUAAAAAACAACAAAACAACAAGAGACGAGAGGAGCUGUUGGUUAAAUCAUCUUGAAGCUAAGGUGUACAGUAAUCGGUGAAAUCGUGCUCCCCUGCCCCGCUGAGAACGCCGCAGACAUGAAUGACCAGCAGCUGGACUGUGCCCUGGACCUGAUGAGGCGUCUGCCUCCUCAGCAGAUCGAGAAGAACCUCAGUGACCUCAUUGACCUGGUGCCCAGUCUGUGUGAGGACCUCCUCUCCUCUGUGGACCAGCCCCUGAAGAUUGCGCGGGACAAGGUUGUUGGGAAAGACUAUCUGCUCUGUGAUUACAACCGAGACGGUGACUCCUACAGAUCCCCGUGGAGUAACAAGUAUGAACCUCCCAUUGAAGACGGUGCAAUGCCUUCAGUUCGUCUGAGGAAACUCGAGGUUGAUGCCAAUAAUGCCUUCGACCAGUACAGAGACCUGUACUUUGAGGGCGGUGUGUCCUCUGUGUACCUCUGGGACUUGGAUCAUGGCUUUGCCGGAGUAAUUCUCAUCAAGAAGGCCGGAGAUGGAUCCAAGAAGAUUAAAGGGUGCUGGGACUCCAUCCAUGUGGUGGAGGUGCAGGAGAAGUCCAGCGGUCGUGCUGCUCACUACAAACUCACCUCCACCGUCAUGCUUUGGCUCCAGACAACUAAGACCGGCUCAGGUACCAUGAACCUGGGCGGCAGCCUCACAAGACAGAUGGAAAAAGAUGACCCAGUUGGAGAGACCUCACCCCACAUUGCCAACAUCGGCCGCCUUGUUGAAGAUAUGGAGAACAAGAUCCGCUCCACACUGAAUGAAAUCUACUUUGGGAAGACCAAGGACAUCGUCAACGGCCUAAGGAGUGUUCAGACUCUGGCUGACAAGUCAAAGCAGGAGGCUCUGAAGUGCGACCUGGUGGAGGCACUCAAACGCAAACAUCACUGCUAGAGUUGCUACUGUUUCUGUUUUUUUUUCUCUCUUCUUCUGUCUCACUCACUCUCUCCGCCUCAUCUCUGCCAUCUUUUCUCUGUUUCUUUCCGUCUCUCCCUCCACGCCUGUUUCAGUGCUGCACUCUUGUUUGUUCGUGGAAAAACAAAAAAGGAGAAAAUGCUUAGCUUUUUAUUUGUUUUCUUUUUCCGUCUGUUUUUUGUGUUCAUGCAUCUCAUCUGCCAUGAAGCCAUUGACUCACGCUCCCUGUCUCUUCACCCCUCUCUUCUCUCCCAUGUUAUGAGUAUAAUGAUAGUAUUACCACGGUUAAUGAUAAUCUUACAGUGUGAGGGUCAUUGUAGUAAUAAUCCCUGAUGUUCUCACAGCUGACGUGUCCUCGAUCAGUUUCAAACGAGCGAUUUUUGCGCUCUGUGUCAAGGAAAUUUGACGCGGACUGCGCUGUAGGUUGCGUAGGCUCAGCGGGGCUGUCAUCAUUAUGUACAUCAAAUUUAUUUCAAGCACCUGCUUUUGUCUACGACACCCCCCUGAUAUAUUUGUAUAAAAAAAAUUAACUCCGUGUAUAACUGUCAUUCUGAUGUGAACACGAGGACAGCCUUCGGUUUGUGUUAGACGAUUUUUACUCUUUAUUCCACUCUGUCCACGUGCAUGUGAGCCUGUGUGGGGCUGCAGAGAGUGGAAACGUAGACUUAUCAAACAUGGGGAUGGACUGUUAUAAUCGCAGGGUGAUUACACCCACGUCGUCAACCCAAACACCCCCCCCCCCACACACACACACACACACACGAUGUAUAACAUGACAGUCUGCCUCCCCUCUGUUCAGCUUAUUCGACUCUUCGACUCUUCUCUCUCCUCACCUACUACGUCUUUGUUGGGGGUUUGUCUUUGUGUCUCGGUGGAAACCUUUGACUGUUUCCAUUUUGGAGGGGAAUCUUUUCGUUGUAUUUUUGUUUUGUUUUUAUUUUGUAAAGCUUAUGAUUCAUAAUGUAUUAGAGCCUCCAGCAACAAUAAAAACAGUAAAAAGCUA